UUGCAGCUUAUCGGCGUAACGUGUUUAGCACUUGGUGUUUAUCUGUGCAUCAAGGAUCCGAGGCCAAUCUCCGAAUGGGCCGAUGUAUUUCUGAAUCCUGCUGUAAUGCUCACUAUAAUUGGGCUUGCCAUGUGUAUCGUUUCGCUAAUGGGAUCUCUUGGUGCGCUAAGGGAUAAUAUUGUUUUGCUCAAAACGUUUGCGCUCAGUGUUUUCUUCUGCUAUAUUGUCAUUGUGAUAUUCACAUUCUUGUUAUUUAUACUGUUUUAUUCCGAUACAACAGAAGGCCUUUCCGCGCAUAGCAUACUCAUUUAUUCAAUCAAAAAUUAUCAUACCAAUAGGAAUCUGGCUGACUUCGUUGAUUACAUUCAGGAACAGUUUGCGCUCAGUGUUUUCUUCUGCUAUAUUGUCAUUGUGAUAUUCACAUUCUUGUUAUUUAUACUGUUUUAUUCCGAUACAACAGAAGGCCUUUCCGCGCAUAGCAUACUCAUUUAUUCAAUCAAAAAUUAUCAUACCAAUAGGAAUCUGGCUGACUUCGUUGAUUACAUUCAGGAACAGCUGGAAUGUUGCGGUGUCUCGUCUGCGUCUCAAGGCUAUCGGGACUGGCAAAUAUCGAACCAGUUCAAUUGUAAUGCUACCAAUCCGUAUCCGGAAAAGUGUGGUGUACCAUUCAGUUGCUGCAAGCGUUCAGUGGUGUCGGAGGCAGCAGCCGGCUCCACGAAUCCACUGCUACCGGCGAUGCGCUCACUGGAAUGCUGGCAAAAUGCGCAAAGAAAACGACCGCAGGAGCUAGAAGCUGACUUGCAUACUCGUGGCUGCUUGCAACCAUUACGGAUUUUGUUCGAAAGUCAUGCCAUACAUGUUGGUGCAGCUGUUGCCAUUUGUAUGUCAGUGUGCUUAUCAAACAUAUUGGCCAAACAAAUUGACCAUCAACGAUAUUUACUGAAACGUGAGGCGCGUCGUUGCGAGCGACGUCGCAGACGCAAUGAGCGAAAUCGUUUUCGUGAUCCGUUCGUAACCGCAGUUACUGCCAGUGACCGAAAGCGUUCAUCCGGUGAAUCGCGCCACGCUGUCGGUCUCACCUCCGAGAACAACGCAAACACCGCUGCUUUGGGACUGGAGUCAGUCAAAGUGCCGGAUACAGCGCGAGCGCAUGGAGCAGCUGUCACGGAUAAAAAGCUGCCCAUACCGAAUCCAGUGAAAUUACCGACAUCUCCACCACCAGUACCACCUCAUGAUCCGUGUACACUGAAUGGUGACGCACGGCCGCAUCGGAAGCAUCGACGACCUAACAGCAGUUCUCCAAUAAGAUACGUGGCCCAGCCACGUUCCGCAGCUGUGCAGCAAAGGAUAUCGAACGGUGCGCCUGUAGUAUCCGGUCACAAUAACAGCAAGCAUGAGAGGAAACAGCGGCGGCGUUCACUGGCCGCUAUCACACCUCCAAAAACAGCAGCGGAAAGCCGAACACAUCAGUGGGUGCUCGAACAGUCCGAUCUUGUUGGCUAUGAACCUAUUGCUUAA